AUGAAUUUCGAUUCAGGCACCGCCUACGCGGAGUCGGACGCCGACGACGAAUACGAGCGCAGCCUUGGGCCCAACUCUCCAGUCACCAACAGCGAAGCAUCGCCAAUCGAUUCCGAGCUGCCCUCCUCAAACGAACAUACCCCUACUACCUACGGCCAUCGCAGCAGCGCCGACCGCUUGCCCGAGACCAUCAUCCCCGAGUGGACCGCUGAUGAGUGCGCCGACUUUAUUAGCACAAUUGGCCUGCCACAAUACGCCGAUCGCUUUGCUGAAAACGAAAUCGUCGGCGAGGCUCUGGUCGCUCUGCAGCAUGACGACCUCAAGUCUAUGGGCAUUGCCAGUGUUGGCCAUCGCCUCACCAUUCUAAAGAGCGUCUACGACGUAAAAAAGGCUCAGGACAUUCCCAUAGAAAGCGACCACUACGUGCCGUUGUCCGCCGAUGCCGAGGCGCAAUACGCGACAGCAACCCUCAAAGAUAUCAAGCACUUGGUUGAGCAGCUCCGUCUGCGCGACGAACGGAUGAGCUUGGUCGAGCAGGAUCUGCGUCGAUUGACAGACGAUUUCAGACGCUUGCGGGAGGACAUGCUGCCGGCUCUGAGGCUGGCAAAGGACUCGUCACAGCCACUUCCGAAUGUGUCAACCAACAACAAUCAGAGUUACGGAUACGAGACCGUUUCGCCGCCAGCCCCGACACCCUCCUCCACCCAAUCCAUGAGUCUCAAGAGACAGUACUCCACAAAGAGAAUCAUGCUGGGAACGACGCCGAAGAACACAUCGCCGUCGCAUUUGCAGACAACUCACGAAAGGAUGGAGCAGUCUCUGGACCCUUCCAACGCAGCAGAAAGAGCUGUGUUGUCCUCGUCGCAUCUGGCUGCCAUGAAUGGCUCGGCCACAGCUACUUCCCCUGGUUACCCGUCUCCGAAUAUGCCCUCUCCAACGUCCCCUCCGACCCUUGGCGGCGCGACUCUCGGUUCUCGAUCUUACCGUUCCGACGUGCCGACCCCGUCAACAAGGUCUACUUUCGCCGAAAACGAUCAAGGCUACAGAGGCCGCGAACAGCCCGUGGCUCCGAAACGUGGGCCGACGCCCGCCCCCGACACCCCGAGCACGAGCAACGCAUCCGUCGAAAUCUUCAAGUCCUUCCGAGUCAGCAUGGACGAUCCGUGCUACAAAGUGCUGCCCGCCGCGCUCAAGAAAUACCAGAUCAACGCGCCUUGGGAUCAGUACGCCCUUUACAUUGUCUACGGAGAUCAAGAGCGCUGUCUAGGAUUGGAAGAGAAGCCCCUCAUCCUGUUCAAGCAGCUGGACAAAGAGGGCAAGAAGCCCAUGUUUAUGUUACGGAAGACGAAUAACGCUCAAGUCGAUGUAUCAUCAGAACAACCAGGGAGUGCCGGGCUUUCGGCAAGGGGAGCGGCAUCUGGCUACGAUCCGCCAGGUGGUAUCAUCUAG